ACUCGGCGAGGCCUACAGGGCCGUGUCACGCUCACGCCUUGUCCUCCCCCCUCUCAUCAGUCAUCUCCUCCCCCUCUCAUCCGAGCCUUUCUUCCUCCGCCUCCCCUUCACCCCCCAUCUCGCCAUACACUUCUCCACUCCUCCUCUGAUCACCAGCCGCCCCCGCCUCCGCCUGGAUCCCCUCCGAUCCAAUCCGGUUUUUUCCUUGAUUCGGUGGGUAGCAACCUGGUCAGCCCAAUCCAUCUGUGAAGAAUUUUUUCGUAUUUUCGUUUGUGUCGCAUCGUUUCUGCGAAGGAUUUCCUUUUCGUUUGGGGGUAAUAAGGCAGCGUCCUUGAUGUCUACUGUCGCGACCCCGCCGCCGCCAUCGGCGGCGCAAGAGAAGGCCGCCAGCCGGAAUAAGCGCAAGUACCGUGCCGAGCCACCAUCCGCCGAGUUGGGCCCAUUCGGGCUGGAGUACCCACUGACGGCGGACUGCGUGGGAUUCGAGUUUAUGUCGCCCGAGAAGGCUGCAGCUGCUGCUGAGGGUGUCAGCCUUGACCUCCUGCAGAACUCAUGCGAAAACUGCAAGGAUGUCCACCCUACUGCGGAGGAGUUAUUGGAGUGCCAGCGAUAUGUAAAUUGGAGUGACCCAAAUGAGACGCAGCUGGAAGAGAUCCUUCUCAAGAGUCUGGACACCACCUUUGACAAUGCUGUGAGUCUGAUCACCACAAUGGGCUACUCUGAGGCGGCCGCACGGGCCGCUGUUGUGCGGACAGCUGCACAAUACAAUUGGAGGGAGAGCCUUGCUGGGUUUGGAGAGGCGGCGGUUGAGGUUCUAAAGACGGAAGGGGACAUGUUGCCAAGGGAGGGUGCCUCUGUUGAAGACAUGAGGAAGAUUGAGCAGGCUGUGCUUGGUAGUAUGGUCGCGUUGGUAAAUGAGGCUCAGCCAUUCUACACCACAGGGGAUGUAAUGUUUUGCUUGCUUAUGUCGGACAUGAACGUGGCAAAUGCCUGUGCCAUGGACUACAGUACUUCUUCCCUCCCAGCUGUGGCUGCUCAAGUUAUUGCCCAACCCGUUGCGGGAAACUAUGAACCUGGUUCAGGUUCAAAUUUGUCAGUUUCUAUUACCAACCCGCAGACUGGCGUUACUUUCCGUGGAAAACUUACACCAGUGCCACCUGGCUCUUAUGGUGCUGUAAAAGCUGAUUCAUCAAUGGCACCAGCAAGCCUGAAUGUAUCAAGUAGCAAACCCUCGGUAUCGGGCAAGACUCAGUGUGUGAUCCCAAAUAUUGAGACAAAAGAACACCCUGUUUCUACACGUGAUCAUUCAGAGGACCAACCAUUUGUUGCUGCUGCGACACAAUCUUUGAAAAAUGACAAGCCAUCCCCAAGCAAGAGGGGGGGCUCCAAGAGGGACUCCUUGCAUCGGCAGAAGUUGACAAGCUUUGAUAAAAGUUCCCGAGCAUUAGGUUCCAAAGGCUCUCUUAGGUCUGGCAAGCAUAGCUCUUCGGCCAGUGCAGUAUUGGAGAGGAAGUGCAGGUCAUUUUCAGAUUCUACUAGUAGCAACUUGAAGGGCUCAUCAAGAGUUGCUAAAGGGUUUGCUGCAAGCAUAUCUGGAUCAGAAGUAUCAGUUGACCUUUCCUUUACUGGUACCCUUUCCCCUUCUCCAUCAUUUGAUGCCAAGGUAGUUAGUAACUCAAACCCAGCACCUGCUGCUAGCACAGAUCUUUCAUUGUCAUUGCCCUCCUCAAGUGAUAGUUUGAAUCAUGAUUCCAAUACUGAGGGAGUGGACUCUAGUAGCAAAAUUAAUUUUUCAUAUGAUGAAGAACAGAAGGUCUGGAUCCCACAAGAUAAAAAGGAUGCAAUUGUCUUGAUUCUUGUCCAGAGGCAGAAAGAUCUGCAAGCACAUAUGCAUGACUGGACAGACUGGGCUCAGCAGAAAGUGAUGCAGGUCGCACACCGACUUGCAAAGGAGAAGGAUGAACUUCAGUCACUCAGGAAAGAGAAGGAAGAGGCAGACCGCCUGCAAGAAGAGAGACACCAUUUGGAAGAGAGUACUCGGAAAAAGCUUCUAGAGAUGGAGUCUGCAAUUUCUAGAGCAAAUGCUCAGCUGGAGAAGGCAGAAGCUUCUGCUCGCAGACGUGAGGUUGAGAAUGCACAACUCACGUUACAGAUGGAAGCUGCAAAGCGACAUGCAGCAGAGUCAGCAACAAAUAUUUCAGAGCUUUUAAAGAAGGAUGAAAACAGUCGUAAAAGGUCUCAGCGUUGGGAAUCUGACAGAGCCCUGUUACAAGAGGACCUUGCAGCACAAAAGAGCAAGUUAUCUCGGGUUCAAGAACAACUUCAGCAUGCUAAAGAGCUAAAGGAUCAAGUGCAGGCAAGGUGGAAACAAGAGGAGGCUGGAAAGGUUGAGGCAAUUGCGCUUGUAACCUCAGAGAGGAAAGAGAGGGAGCAAAUUGAGACCUCCAUGAGGUCAGAAGAGAAUUUGCUGCAUCUUAAAGCAGCGAAUGACGCACAAAGAUACAAGAGUGAGAUCCGUGCUCUUGAGCAGCAUAUUGCACAACUGAAGGUGUCCUUGGACUCUUUGAAGGUUGCUGCCCCCAAGUGGGGAACUGACAAUAAAACCUAUGCAUUGCAUCUUUCUGAAGGGAGAAAGAACAGCAAUGCCCAAAUUUUGUCCAACAUAGCAGUACCCCAAGAUCUCGAUUUUGAUGAUAUACAGCGCGAUCGGGAGUGCGUCAUGUGCUUGAGUGAGGAGAUGUCCGUGGUGUUCCUCCCUUGCGCCCACCAGGUCGUCUGUGUCAAAUGCAGUGACCUCCAUGAGAAGCAAGGGAUGAAGGAAUGCCCUUCAUGCCGGACCCCCAUCCAGCGCAGGGUGUGCGCCCGCCCCGCCGGUUUCUAGAUUUCACAUAUACCAUUUGGAUUUUACUUUUUUUUGUUUCACCUUGAUUGCUCAGCUUGAGUUGAUGGAAGAUUGGAGAGAAUAAUAAUGAGGGGUGAGUGGUGAAACUUUGACAAUAAUACUUCGUUAAACAUCAAACAAGCCCCAGUGGACAGUGGGUACUGGUUGGGUUUGUUAUAUGGAUAUACCGGCCGCUUCUGAAUGCUUUGGUUUUGCUGCA